AUGAUGCACAACGUUGCAUGUCUACCAGAACCCUGCCAGAAGGAACAUAACACAAAAUGCAGUGAAUCAUCCAGAUGUGUCUCCAGCUGUUUUGAGCCAGAGAGCCCAUGUACCUUUUUGUCUUUGUCCUCCUCCUCUAACCCUAAAAGUGAGAAACCCCAGGAACUCCAGAGCUCACAAACAGAGUUAAGCCUCUGCUUCACAGAGGACUCAGAGGAGCUCACAGAGUCUUCUGAAGUACAGCUGGACUACCUGGCUGCCCAAGUGGUUAAACAGGUGCUUAACAAUGCACUGUACGUGAUGGAUGGUCAGAGCCAAGCAGACGCAUCUGACUGUUUCAGCGAGUCAGGAGACCAGACAAAUUGCACCAACAGCACGGACAGAUCCUGUGAAUGUGAAGUCCGCCAGCAUUCGGCUGACGGGGGUACAGAAAGGUUGGGAGGGGAAAAAGAGAAAGGUCAAGAAAGCGAGAGGCGGAGUGGAGUGGAAGAAAAGACAGAGUGGUUUAACAAGAAUAGGGAGGUGGGGAGGAGAAGCACACACCAGGGUAAUAUCCUUGAUAUGUGUUGCCAUGGUACCUGUUGCCAUGGCGACAGACCAGGCUUGGAUGAGUUGAAGGUGUUUUUGCGAGGAAUGCCAGGAGAGAAACUGCUUAAUCUCUGGAUGGAUAUAGAGAGACUGAAAGCUACACAGAAAAGAGAGCGGAAGAAUAGGUAUUUGGUCCUAAUGAGGAGCCGGUACCUGCUGAGCAGCAGCCAGAGCAGUCUCAAUGUGGAGCUGCUCUCCAGACUGGGACUGAAUACCUCCCCCUGCUGGACGGAGGAGAAACUGCACUCAGUUCAGCCCCUCCUCAUGGAGUCUCUGCUCCACUACUGGGUUCCUCGGUUCAGGACGUCCGAGUGUGUUCAGGAAGACCGUGAUGACUCCCCUCAUCUAGAGCCGUGGACAGACUGGUGUGUUAGCUCUCUAUCAGACAUACAGCCCCACCAUGACUCUAUGGGCCUGCCUCCCCUCUGCCCUGACACCUGCCUGCUCCAGUCCCCCCAUGCUCUCCAUACACAGAUAUAUUCUAGCAGAAGUCAGUUACUGGACAGCAGAAGAAUGGAGAAGAUGUUACAGGCUCUUUGUGUUGACUCGUAUGCCGGCUUAUACUUCACAAACUUCUGUGAACAAUCUGGAAACCAGCUGUGGGGGAAUGCAGUUAACUUUUGGACCGACCUGCAGCACUACCAUGAGCUCUUCUAUCAGGACGGACUAGAUCCCUACAGAGUACAGAGAGAGGCACAGCUCCUUUACUCCACAUAUCUCUCCAUCUCGGCCAGGAGGAGCGUCGGGGUUGAUGAGGAGAUCAGAAGGGAGGUGUACGACCAACUGAUGCCUGCUUUUGAGGAGCUGUUUGACAAGGUUGAGGAACACACACUGAACGUCCUGCUGGAGCCAUGGACACUGCUGGUCAGCAGGGACACAGAGUCCUUCCAGAAGGUGUGUGUGCAGGAGGAGGUGCGUUGCGUCGACAGUCGGGAGUACAGGGAACUCCAGAGUCUGUACGAGGAAUCAGAGCGUCGACUGAAACAGGUGGAGCAGUGCAGGUCCAUGCUGUUUCCCCCUCCUAUUAAACCUUCGACUCCCUUCUCAAAGGGCCCCCGGGCGUCUGACUCUUGGUCCACUGUGUCUCCAAAUUAUCAAGGCUACCGUCUAGGUUCCCUACUUCGUCACCGCCAUGAGAUCGGGCACUUUAUGUCCUUCCUACAGAAUCAGGAUGCCAGCAUCCAUCUGACAUGCUGGCUGGAUCUGGAGCAGUACAGGAGGACUCCUCAGAAAGACAAGGCUGUCAGACAGGAGAGAUCGACUCACAUUGCAACCAAAUACCUCAACAGGAAGUACUUCUUUGGCUCCGACAGCCCCGCCACAACAGAGCAACAGAAUGAUAUAUUGCGUCUGGCAGGUGGUCUGGAACGUCUGACACUAGAAUGUCUCUCGAACCCAGUCGUUGUGGAGAUCCAGGACAUCGUCAGGAAUCACAUUGAGAACAAAUGGCUGCCUCUGUUCCUGUCCACAGCAGAGUUCACAGAGCGAAUGAAACACAAACCAAAGCCCCAAGCAGCAGACCGGCUCUCACAACACGUCUACCGUCGACGCAGAACGAGGAGAGAAGCCUGGAAGGCUGAGGGCUUGUGGAUGAGUUCCUCCAAAGAGAUCCUCCUGUUUCGACGGAUCCUACUCAACCCUGCCACUUGUAUGCAGUUCCAGCACUUUGCCUCUCUGAAGGGAGACUUCCUAGAAAAUGACGUGCUCUUCUGGCUGGAGGUGCAGAGAUACAAGAACCUCUGUCACUCCCACAGUGAUGAGGCCACCAUCCAGCAGAAGAUCUCCACCAUCAUUAACUGUUUUAUCAACUCCUCCAUGCCCCCGGCUCUGCAGAUAGACAUCCCUCCUGAACAGGCCCAGCACGUUCUGGAGAAACGCCAUGAGUUGGGUCCUUACAUCUUCAGAGAGGCACAGAUGUCGGUGUUCAGUGCAUUGCUGAAGUUUUGGCCCGAGUUUCAAGAGCUGAGCAGCAGUGUCCAAGAGGAGCAGCUUCUUCCUCUACUGCAGGACAAACGAGUCAAACACACAGCCAGAGUACGGAGGCAGAGGAGAAAAGAGGAGGAGGAGGAGGAGGAGGAGGAGGAGGAGAGAAGGAAGACAGCUCAGGAAGAGCUGGAGAGGCCAGAGUCCAGUUUUAGAGAUGAGGAGGAGGACACGGAUGACGAAGAUGAUGUAAAAGAAGAACAAGAAAGAAGAAGUGGAAAAAAACAGUCGAGGAAACAGAGCCGAGUGCAGAGUCCCACACAGCCGAUGUCGUGGUCCUACUCCAAGUACAUGGUGGCCCUGAAGAGAGAGGAGAUGCUGCUGAGGAGACAAAGUCAGCUGGAAUCCUCGUUCUCCACAACCUCAGAGAAAAGACACAAGGUGUUGGGGGAGGGGCAGCUGACUGGAUGGAGACGAGGACGUCAAGCUGGAGAAACACAGGUUAGGCUCAUCAAAAGCGGCUCAGCCGCCUCCGAGAGAUCUAAGAUGAGCAGAGGAUGCUGGACAAACUCAGAAGAGAGUGCAGAGUUUCCCUUUCCGGACCAAAACUGAGGAUGAACAAGUUUCUUCACCACGUCUUCGUCGUCUACUGUAUGAAUGUACUCCGAAGGAUCAGUCACUAAAAUUUGUGGUUUUCUGUUCCAUAACCCCCUCCUCCUUCUAUCUCUCCAAAACAAUGGGAGGAAACACGCUCUAUUCUCUUCGUGUAUUUGGCUUUUUCAUAGUGGGUGUUAGAUUUCAAAAUUCAAGUGACAACAUUACU